CGCUUCUCCCAACACCUCUUCUCAUUCCCUCAUUCUCUCCUUUUAUUGCGCUUUUGGGCACACAGAUCUCUUCAUUAAAUCUAGUAUUUCAUCUUUACCCGCAUCGGACCACUGUCUCAGUACGGAAUAAUGCGACUGUUGAAACGCACCCUCGAUGGCAAGAUUAGCUUGACUGAGAAUCUAGUCGGCGGCAAUAUUCCCCCGUACGCUAUACUUUCACACACUUGGGGAUCAGAUAUCGAAGAGGUCACCUACAAAGACAUGGUAGACGGUAUCGGGAAUGACAAGGUCGGCUAUGAAAAGAUCAGAUUUUGCGCAGAACAAGCAAGAUGUGACGGCCUAAGAUUCUUUUGGGUGGACACUUGCUGCAUCGACAAAUCGAAUUACACUGAGCUCUCAGAGGCGAUUAAUUCCAUGUUUCGCUGGUACCAGCGUGCGGCUCGAUGUUAUGUGUACCUAUCAAAUCUUUCGAUCACUGGCCCUGAGCAGGACAGCGAACAAUCCGAUCUCUUAUGGGAAUCGGAUUUUCGGGGAAGUAGAUGGUUCACCCGAGGCUGGACGCUCCAGGAGCUUCUUGCACCGGUAUCAGUCGAAUUCUUUACGCGGGACGGCCGGCGACUCGGUGACAAAAUAUCCCUUGAGCAACAAAUUCACGAAAUAACGGGGAUAUCUAUCGCAGCGCUUCGGGGAUCCCCCCUUUCUCAGUUCGAGGUGGGUGAGCGACUGAAAUGGGCAGAGGCACGCCAAACCACACGCGAGGAAGACUGGGUAUAUUGUCUUCUAGGGAUUUUCGGUAUCUUCAUGCCGCUUUUAUAUGGCGAAGGGAGGGAAUAUGCGGUUCGGCGGCUAAGAAAGGAGAUCGACGACGCGUUAAUUCGCGAACAUGCGUCUGAGCGCACUCCUCGUCUUGACGACUCUGGUCUGCGUUAUGGUGACGCCCUGAGCCUCUUCUUUAUCAAGACUCGGGAUCCUGGUUCUGGAAUGGUCGAGGUCCAUGUGGCCGACCAAGCCACCGGCUACGGUCCCCCUCGUCGCCACUUUGUUUCUGCGUACCAUCAGCAAGACGGCGGGAACGGCACGUGGGUCAUCAGGGACUAUUGCCUUUAUUUCGUCAAGACCCGGAACGCUGAGAGUGGCACGAUUGAGCUCCAUCGCGUGACAAGGUCGUCCGACUUCAACACAUUCGACAUUCAUACUCCGACCGCGUUCUCCCUCUCUGAUGCUGACAACGGCACCUGGACCGUGGAUGGAGAAGACCUUUAUUUCAUCAAGACCAAGAACACGGACUCGGGCAAGAUCGAGGUCCAUCGCGCCAGCCACACCAACUACCGCGAAUUCGACCUCCAGGUAGCCACGGCGCUGCCCGAGAGUGAAGGAGACAAUGGGACGUGGCGCGUGUUCAACGGAGACGUGUAUUUCGUAAAGUACCACAACACCGCAAGCCCGAACGACGUUGAGGUCCAUGUUCUGUAUGGCGGGCGGAAUUAUUCGCAAGUCACCGAUUACAAGACGUGGUUUAACGUUAGGGACGGACCGCUCGGCACCUGGGACAUUGGCAAGAAUGGGGACCUAUACUUCAUCAAUCUCCAGAACAUGGAGUCUAAGAAGGUUGAAGUUCAUAUCGCCACAGCCUCCUCCAAGUACAGGGAGGUACAUCACUCUCUGUCCUGGAUGAGCGAGGCCGAUGGACCAAACGGAAUAUGGUGCAUGAGCGAUUUCUGAGGCUAACAUAGGUGAUGGUAACGAUCGGGACGAUGAUCACUGUCAGGCGAUAGGCUUGAAAGUCGGAAGGAUUAUGUUGUACGUUUCCGGGACCGUAGAUUUUACCAACUUAGGAUGGACCUCAACAACCUAGAUCGUUGGCUUCCAAUUGCAUUAUCAGUGCGAUGGUAUCGAGGGAGGAUAAAUAGCUAGUUUCCCCCCCUACUAGAUAGAAGAAAUCAGACGAGAGAUUCUAUUGUC